CCCCCUCUUUUUCCAUCUCUUUUCUACUUUCAUUUUCCAACCCAAAGAUCCAUUUUUAAAGGACUUUUUAUUAUUAUUAUUUAGUUUCUUACCCCCUCUCACACGUGGACCAAAAAUUGAAUUUUAGAUGAGAAGAAGAGCUGAGGCCUUUCCCGAUUCUGCCUGUCGUUACAACAAACAGGCAGUUUCCUUGACCUCUACAACUAUGGCAUCGGUUUAUUUUGGUAAUUAUUCGUUUAAUUCCCUAUGGGUUUUUAAUUAAUGACCGCUAAAUAUAUAUAUUAAUUCAACUUAAUCAUAAUCUUUUUUCUUUUUGAGCUCAUCCAAAUAUCAAACGCCUCUUCAUUUUUCAAUAACAACUCAUUCCCCUGUAUAAAACUUUAUUGUUAAUAUUAAAGAAAGUAAAAAUGAAAAUAUAAAGAUGAGAAGGGCAGUUUGGGAAUUAUGUAAGAAAGGAUGGGAAUAAUAAAUGGUGGAAACGGGAGAAGGGUUACAUAAGAAAUACAUAGUUGCCUACUUUGCUUUGCAUGUUACUUUCUUACAUAUAUCCCUCUUUUAAUUCAUUCAUUCAUUAUUUUUCCUAUUUAUUGUUCUAUUGCCGUUUUAAUCCUCAAUACCACACUCAAAUGUACCAUUGUGCCCUUACCAAUCACAAAAUCUCUCUUCUUCUUCUUCUUCUUCUUCUUCUCAUUCCCUUCCUAAACAAAACUGUUUUCUUUUCUUUUCUUUUUUUUGGGAAGAAAAAGAACUUUUUUUUUUUUAAUUUACUUUGUUUUGUAGCUUUGUAUAUAUCUAUUGGUUGAGGAUUGCUUGUCACCUACUCUUCAGUUUACACACACCCUCUCUCUCUCUCUCUCUCACGUAGAAAGAAAGGAAAAGAAGGAAGGAGGAGAAGAAAGAAGAUUCAUACUCUGUUUUUUCCAUUUUGUGGGUUUCCCUUCUCCCCCACCUCUGUUUUCUCACCAAAAAAAAAAAAAAAAAAAAGAAGAAGAACAAGAAUUUAUUGGUUUCAGCAAUGGACAGGCACAAGUGUAAGCUCUGCUUCAGAAGCUUCUCCAAUGGCAGAGCUUUAGGAGGUCAUAUGAGGUCCCAUAUGUUGAACCUUCCACUCCCACCCAAAGGCGAAGAAGAUGCAGCGCCCCCUCAUCCCCAUCUCAGUGAAGACGGUGACUCUGCUUCUUUUCUUUCCUCUCCCUCAUCCUCGGAAGGCGAUGCAGAGGAGAAGGGUGUUUCUUAUGGGCUUAGAGAGAACCCAAAACGAAGCAUUCGAGUGGUAGAUCCUGAAUUUUCAUUCGCCGUCGACGCAGCUUCCGUGGUUCUUCAGGACAGGGAAAGCGAAACAGAGUCCUCAAAGAAUCCAACCCGAAGAAGAUCCAAGAGGACUCGUAAACCCGAUCGCCGCCACCACCACCACCUCCAUCAUCAUUAUAAUGUUUUUAAACGCCUUCAGGAGAAGAAGAUGAACCAUCCAGAAUCGUGGACGGAGGCGGAGCCAGUUAGUUCGAUCUCCGGUAGCACAACGGAAGAAGAUGUUGCGUUUUGGCUGAUGAUGCUUUCUCGUGAUAAAUGGACGAAACAGCAAGGUGGGUACGAGGAAGAAGAGGAUGAGGAAGAUGAGGAUGAAGAUGAAGACGAAGAGGAGGAAGAAGAGGAAUUAGAAGAGUCGAUGGAAGAGACCGAUGAUUCCGAGGCGGUGAAAUUCCCAAAGAAUCGAAACAGAGGGAAUUAUAAAUGCGAAACAUGCAACAAAGUGUUUCGAUCGUAUCAAGCACUUGGUGGACAUAGAGCUAGCCAUAAGAAAAUUAAAGUGUCUCUAACUUACAACAAUCCCCAAUUGGGUAGCCACCAUGAAAAUGCAGCUACACCAAGCAGUGGUUCCAUGGCGGAAAGGAAAAUUCACGAGUGUCCUGUUUGUUUCAGAGUAUUUUCUUCAGGGCAAGCACUAGGUGGGCACAAGAGAUCUCAUGUCACCGGUUACUCAAAUCCGCCAAAAGCUGCACAAAAAAAGUUCCCAGACAGUUUGAUAGAUCUUAAUCUCCCCGCUCCUUUUGAGGAAGACGAUGUUAGCCAAAUCGAACUCUCGGCAGUUUCCGAUGCGGAUUUCGUCAACGCCAUUAGGCAAUAAAAAACAUACCAAUUUCGAGGUAACAAAAAGUAAAAGGAAAAUUUUGACCUGAGUAUUCAAUAUUCAUAUUAAUCAUAAUUCAUACAUCAAAUCUCACUCCAAACAAACUUUGUUGAGUUUUGACUAUAUCUAUAUGGUUCAAAGUUUCAUUACUACUUAGACUUGGGAAUUCUGAAUUUCAUGCUCUAAUUACUCUUUCAGCCUUCGUCAGUUCCCGGAAAACUCUUUUUCCUUUUUCAUUUUCUGUUCAUAAUUUCUGGGUUAUUCUUCACUCGGCUGAUGUUACUAAUUGAAUUUUGGUUCAACCUUCGAUGAAGAUGUUGCAAACUGUUCAGAGAAAACAAAAAAAAACCAUUAUUUUUUUAAAAAAUAAACAUAUAUUUGGAACAAA